UAAAGAAUGAGUUGUGUUGUGCACUCGAUUGUAAGCAGACGUGACAAUGUUAAAAAAUCCGAAGUAUAUAUACGGACCUUGCGACAGAUUUGUCCCAGCGUCUUUGAAUUAUGGCCAAUAUUUUUUAACAAAACUCAAAGAGAACAGCGGUAAGAUAGCCUUGAUAAAUGGUUUAACGGAUGAAAAGUUAACAUAUGAUGAUAUUGCUCAAGAGGCCAUUAAUGUGUCUUUCUCUCUCACACGUAUGGGUGUUAGAAAGGGAGAUGUUAUAGCCGUCAGUUCAGAGAACAGAAGAGAGUAUUGGAGUACUGUUGUUGGCAUCAUAUGUUCUGGCGCUGUUGUCACAACUAUAAACAUCGGAUACACAAACGACGAACUCAAACACGUCGUCGGUAUAUCGAAGCCGAAAUAUUUAUUUUGCUCGCCGCUGGCUUACAAAAUGCAUUCAAAGACCUAUAGAUCGCUGGGUUUCCUAAAACACAUCAUAUUAUAUGGCGACGAGGAGUUGCCAGGGGCGAUUCCAUUCCAGGAUUUAGCCGUUCCGAGUAACCGACGAACUAGCCACUAUCACCUGGAACUGAAUGUGAAUUUUGAGGAUUUCGAGCCAAUAGAUGUCGGAGGUUAUGACACGCUGUUUAUAUUAUACUCGUCCGGGACCACUGGCCUGCCCAAGGGAGUUAUGAUAACACACCAGAACAUCUUGACGUUAUCCUGCUCUAACGUAAUCUUACCACCUCUCUUGGGACUCACCAUAACCCCAUGGUAUCACACCAUGGGUCUCAUUGGCACCCUGAACAGUUUCUCACGUGGUAAUACCACGGUCUUUCUGCCGAAAUUUAACGUGGAACAAUACUUGAGGACCGUUGAAAAAUACAAAAUAGAACAGUUAGUUUUGGUCCCCGCGGCCCUAGUGGCUCUGGUGAAAUCGUCUCUGGAUGUAGACACUUCGUCAGUGCAUUUAAUCUACUGCGGCUCCGCCCCGCUCUACGAAGACACCGCCAAAGCUGUCACUAAGAGGUUUCCGAACGUGACCGCACUCCUCCAGGGUUAUGGGAUGACGGAGACCACUCUCGCCAUCACCAUGAACUACAACCCUGACAAGUACGGCAGCGUGGGGACCGUGACCUCGCACACAGUUGUCAAGGUGGUCGAUCCAGAUACGAAGGAGGUCCUCGGUCCGAACAAACCUGGUGAGAUUUGCUUGAAGAGUGCGACCAUGAUGAAAGGAUACGUCGGCAGACCGAGGAGUGAGGGGUACGAUGAAGAAGGGUUCUUCAGAACCGGAGACAUAGGAUACUACGACGAGGACGGCUACUUCUAUAUAGUUGACAGGUUGAAGGAACUCAUCAAAUACAAGAGCUAUCAGGUCCCUCCCGCUGAGAUAGAGACGACUCUCCUAAAACACCCCUCAGUGCUAGACGCGGGUGUGGUGGGUGUGCCGCACCCCGUCUCUGGUGAGGUGCCUGUCGCCUUCGUGGUGAAAAGUGGACCCGUCACUGAGGCGGAGCUGGUGAAAUUUGUGGCUGAGAGGCUCUCAAACCCGAAGCACAUCCGCGGCGGAGUCAUAUUCAUAGACGAGAUACCGAGGAACCAGACGAGCAAGAUACUGAGGAAGGAGCUGAGGAAGAUGGUGAAAACAAGGAAAAGUAAACUCUAAGGUGAAGUCAAUAAGGUCGUUUAUAUAAGGUGAUGUUUAUAUGUAUAUAUUGUGAUAAUUGAUUUUAUUGUAGUACACGAUAUCCAAAAUAAAUAAUAUCUAAGUUA